AUGGAAAGGGCUAGACGAAAAGAUGCUCGACAGGUGUUUAUUUUAAUCUCUGAUGGACAUGGGCAAGAAUAUUGGAAUGUUGUACAGGCUACAGGAAAACGUCUGCAGGAAACCAAUGCUGAGCUGUUUGCAGUAUCCGCUAGUCGAGACUAUAACGAAGCUGAACUCUUAAUUUAUGUUGGUGAUAAGAGUCGAGUUUUUGUAGGGCCGAAGUAUACCAGUUUUCUUCCAACAAUCACCUCUUAUGUGAAAGACUGCAUUAUUCAUGGCGACAAAUCGUUUGUGGAAAUGCCAUUGAAGCCUUCAUCAGCAAAGUUCGAGGGGACAGCUGCCACGGAAGUUGAACCCAUUUUGCCCGUUACCGACGAAUUCGAGGAUGAAGAGCAAGUUAUUGACGGAGUAACUGAAGAAAGUCCGUCUGAGAGAUCAGCUGCUAGGUUAAGGGAUAUUGCGCAGGCUUCAUCAUGUGAUAUUGACCUUCUGUUUAUAAUUGACAGUGCUGAAUGCCUUGAAGAGGAUUUCAAGAAGGAAAUCGCGGAAAAAUACGUACUGGAGCUGUGA